UGCCGCAUUAUUUCUUUUGUACAUUUCGAACAUAGUUUGUCACAGCUUUGUGCAAAUCAAUUGACCCGAUACACAGCUCAGGGAUCUAUCAAUAGCUAAAGACUAGUGGUCGGGUCACUAGGGAGCGAACCGCUUGUCAAGCAACUCAAUGGUAUUUGUCACGGCUAAGAGGUAAACCAUUAAUCCUUUUGCCAUGUCAUCAAGGCGUUCAACUUCCUGGGCAUCUGUGGUGGCCACUGGGAUCAUCGAUGAGCCGCUGCGGUUGCCGAACAAUGUAAGACCUGGGCCUCCGAAACCGAUGCCACGAAUGCCAACGGCAAAGGGAAAGACAACGGCAGCGGCAGCGGGACCGGCAACACCUUUAACGACGCUUUCGCCGACGGUGACGCUUAAGGCAACGCCGGCUAUCCCGCUAACAUCCACCCCGACAGCAGCUUUGGCGCAGAACACCGAGCAGGUGGUUGGCAAUACGUCACCGAAGCCGGCACCGUUGAAGCCUCCAAUGCCAACGUCAACGCCAAGAGCUGCGCACAGCUCACCGAAUCGGGUUCCAUCGUCCAAUGAUUUCCGCCGACCCUUUCGGAGCGUGUGGCCACGUCAACCGACGCCGUUUCCUGACCAUCGACACCAUCACAGAUCCAGCAGUCAGGGUAGCACCUAUCGGCCACGUCGCCAUCAUAACGAAUUCCGGACUCGCACCGCCUGUCCCUACGGCACGAGUUCGGGCCAGGUGCAUCCACGCUGCCCUGCGCCGAUGAACUGGCAGCCGCGUGGUCCAAGACCUAUGAUGAAGCCACUGAUAGCUGGCUACGGUAACCUAAUGCAGCCGGAGAAGCGCGUGUUGUCCACAUUCUAUACACCGAUGCGUAUGCCGGCGCCUUUGAGCAUCGAACAGAAGCCGCUUCUGCAGCCAGGUCAGCCCCAGACAGUCGCAAACAACUGGGAGCAGCAGCAGUACAGGCCAUCGAUGCCGGAUAUCCAUGAGGAAUCUGUGCCGCUGGAUCAACAAAACUAUGAAGCACAUGAUGGGGAUAACCAGCAGGGGCGACGUGCGUGUGUCUCGCCCCGCGCCCGUUCCCGUUGCCAGGUCACUUUGUCCCACUCCCAAUACGAUAUGACGCAGUGGCAGCCAGUUUGCGAGUCCCGGCAGGUGUGGGAACCAUUGGAUCCCAAUCGUAGCCAGCUGGAUCCCAGCAAUCCCAUACCGCCUCCGCCGCCGGGGUUUGAGCAUGUGGUGACAGGCAAGCGUUCCGUGUCCAGCCGCGCCCGCAAGCUGAUGGGCGAUCAGGUAAAGAUUGGGCCACACACAGACUAUCCAACACCAAUGCCCAUGGAGAUGCCGGAGCGCGAGCUGCGCGAGCAGCAGCAUUUCAUAGCCAAGCAUGAUACCCAUUUAACAAGCCGCCUGGCCCAGCUAAGAGUUACCAAUGGUACCACCGGAGAUGGCUACUAUGUGCGUCCAGUGACCAAGCUGAUUCCCAAGGCUACCAAGGUGCUGGUGCCGCCCAAGUAUCAGCCCUUAUUUCAUCCGAAUGUCUCCUAUUGGGAGCUGUUGCGUCGCAAUCAAGACAAGGGUGAAGCCAUGGAUCAUGAUCAGGGCCAGCAAACGGACAAAAUAAUGCUGAUGAAAGAUCAGGCUGAAGCUAGCCAGGCGGAAACAUUCAUUAAAAUGCAAUCGGCUGGCGACGAGCAGGACAUUUACCGAAACGAAUUCAAGACUGAGUCUAUCUUCACGCCUGCAGUUCCCUUUCAGUUUUUGACAGGCUCAACCGGCACGGCGGAUACGACGGUCGACUACUCUGUGACAAAUCAUGUGGCCGAUGCUUACAAUGAUAUGAAAACUCUUAAGCAAUUCUCUACAAGUGAGUUCAAUUAGAACUCGAAUCCUAGAUAAAAGGUUGGAUGAGAAAUAA